CUAAAAAAAUGAAAUAAAAUAAAACCAGGGUUAUGUUGCCGACCGUCUCCGUAACUUGACAACGAUUGAUUUUUUUCGCCUGCCAAAUUAUCACUAUUCCCAGUUACCAUUAUAAAAAAUACAGGCCAGGUGAACAUACAAAAAUGAACAAAUGAUUUUUUUCAAAACAUUAUUCAUAUUUUCCAACACCAUUACUUCAACAACAUCGAAUAUAAGAAUUUAUAUUAAGAAAACUUGGCAAACAAUUUAUCAUCAAACAGAGAAAAACGAAAAAAUGUCUUCAUCAAAUGGAAAAAAGUAUGAUUUCAGUGGUAAAGUUGCUCUCGUUACUGGUUCGAGUUCAGGAAUCGGUGCUGCAAUUGCCUUACAAUUUGCACAAUAUGGUGCACAAGUUGUAAUCACUGGUCGUGAUGCAUCAGCUUUGAAUUUGGUAGCCGAACAAAUUGAAACUGAAAGUGGUAAUCAACCAUUACAGAUUGUUGGCAAUCUUCUUGAUCCAUCUUUACCAGCUGAAUUAAUUGAUGGAACAAUUACGAAAUAUGGACGAUUAGAUUUUCUUGUAAAUAGUGCAGGUUUUUCUACACCGCAUAAUAAUUUAAAUGAUGACAAACUAAUGGAAGCUUUUGAUCAAGUGUAUGGGCUAAAUGUUCGUGCUGUUCUUCAUUUAUGUCAAUUAGCUGCAUCACAUUUGGAAGAAUCCAAAGGUAAUAUCAUCAAUAUUUCAAGUAUUGUAUCCAUGUUUCCGGUAAGAAUUUCAUUGUUUAAAAAUAAAAAUAAAAAUAUUCAUAAUUUGAAUCAAUUUUGUAUCAAGUAUAAUAUUAUUUAUAGUUCAUCAAAAGCAGCUUUGGAUAUGAUUACCAAAACAGUGGCAAAAGAAUUGGGAAAAAAAGGUGUUCGAGUUAAUUCAAUCAACCCUGGACCUGUUUGCACCGGUUUUCUACGUUCACUGGGAAUGACGGCUACAACUUAUUCAGAACAAGAGGAACAGUUUAAAGAAAUGACUUUACUUAAAUUCUUACCACAACCAAUUGAAAUUGCUAAUCUAGCUUCAUUUUUAGCAUCGGAUGAUGCUCAUAAUAUAACUGGCUCGAUUAUUGUUAGCGAUACAGGAUCAUUGUUGGCACCAAAUUUUCUGGAAUUUUAAAAAGAAAAGAAUUUGUCAAUUGAUUUUAAUGACCGAAUCAUUAUGAAAAUUUGUCCAAAUGAUUAAAAUAUUUUA